CUAUUUAUAGGGGUAGACAUUAGGGCUAAUGGGAUACAAGUUGCAAUCAAGUUUGUCUCCAAGAUGAUGCUGUAUGAAAAACUGCAGCUUACAGGAUAUGGAUGGCUCCCCGUUGAGAUAGCGCUGAUGGUCCUUGCGAACAGCAAACCUUGCUCAAGAAUCCUCAAGAUUCUGGACUGGUACGAAGAGCGAAAACGCUAUGUUGUCAUUCUGGAACGGCCUGAACCAUGUCUGGACCUCCAUGAAUUCUCCAGCAAGCAAGGUGGAUGUUUGACGGAGUCCGAGGCUUGCAUUGUGAUGUGGCAGCUGAUGGUGGCGCUGAAGCAUUGUAAGAGCCAGGGGAUACUGCACCGUGAUGUCAAGCCAGAAAACAUCCUGAUUCAGACCAACACGUGGCAAGUCAAGCUGUUUGACUUCGGUUGCGGAGACCUCGUCAAAGACUCCUACAAUUACUUUGCAGGCACACUUCAAUAUGCCCCUCCUGAGUGGUUCGUCCAGGGGCAGUAUCGGGCAGACCCAGCUACCGUCUGGUCUGUGGGCGUGACGCUGUACAGACUGGUGUGUGGCUGUCUGCCUUUCAGGACCCCUGAGGAAACCAAAACUGGCCAUUUGUUCUUCCCCGAAAGUCUGUCUCAAGGCAAGAAAGUACAAAGACUGAUAAGCUAUGGACUAAUUAAUAGCAGACUGAACUAUACCUUAUACACAGACUUGAGCAGAGAAAGAAGCAUUCAUUUAUUUUAAUGUAUUAUAUUUUAUGACUAUGAAUUAAUUAGUCAAUAUGAUAAAAUUGACAGGAAAUGUGUAGAGCUACAAGUGUGAGGAAUUUCUUAUGUACUCUACAGCAUUUUCUUUAAAGGAUUAUUUAUUGUAAAUCAGGUUCUUUAUGGGGUUAAGUAUUAGAUUCUUCUUUCUAUGUCUUUUUGAUUUAUGUACCUGGGUAUUGUGUAACAGAGUGCAGCGAUCUGAUCCGUUGGUGUCUGAGCCCCGAUGCAGAAGACAGACCCAGCCUGCAGCAAAUAGAGCUUCACCACUGGUUUAACUUACCAGAUUAGUGCCAGUUUACAGGAGAC